UCUUAGAUGAACCAAGCUUCAUGAAGCCACGGGUAAUGGAGAUCAGCACCGACCCAGGCACACCGAGCUGGACUGACCCAAUCCUCUCCUUCUUAUGAGACGGGAUAGUACCUGCAGACAAGCAGGAGGCAAUGAAGUUGAGGAGGAAAGCAUCUCGGUAUACACUUGUUGAUAGGGUCCUCUAUAAGCGAUCUUUCUCUUUACCUCUUCUACGGUGCUUGAAUCCCUAUGAAGCAGAAUAUGCACUCAGGGAGGUGCAUGAAGGUGUCUGUGGAAGUCACGUGGGUGCUCGAACUUUAGCUCACAAGGUCCUUAGACAAGGUUAUUAUUGGCCCAACAUGUACAAGGAUGCCACUCAGUUCGUACAGAGGUGUCAAAAAUGUCAGUUCUUUGCACAUCUAAGUCACCAGCCUGCAGAAGAGCUCACUACGUUGGUGGCACCUUGGCCAUUCGCUCAAUGGGGUCUUGACCUUUUAGGCCCAUUUGUGAAGGGGGUAGGAGGUGUAACCCACCUCAUUGUUGGUGUAGAUUAUUUCACAAAAUGGAUUGAAGCUCGGGCAUUAUCCAGUCUCACCUCCAAGAAGGUCGAAGACUUUGUUUUCAGCUCGAUUAUUUGCAGAUAUGGGAUCCCGAAUCAGAUUGUAGAUGAUAAUGGAACUCAGUUCAAUUGCUCCUCAUUCCGAGAUUUCUGUUCCAGUUACGGGAUUAAACUGCAGUUCACCUCGGUUUACCAUCCGGAGUCCAACGGCAUGGUCGAAUCUGUUAACAAGUGCAUCUUAGAAGGUAUAAAGUCGAGGCUGGAACAACACAAGGCCAAAUGGGCAGACGAGCUCAACAACAUCCUCUGAGCAUACAGAACUACGAGUCGAACUACCACAGGUGAAACACCCUAUCAUCUGGCCUUUGGUACCGAAGCAGUCAUUCCUAUCAAGAUAGGAGUCCCAAGCUUCAGGGUCACCCAUUUCAAUGAAGGGCAGAAUGGACAACUGCUUCGGGAGAACCUUGAUCUGCUUGACGAAGUCAGAGAAGAAGCACGACUUCGAACUCUAGUCUACAAGCAGAAGGUAGCAAACUUUUACAACAAACGAGUUCGACCCCGACCAUUCAAAGUAGGUGACCUUGUUCUUAGGAAAGCUGGUCUAACGGGGUUCGAAACUCGAUUUGGAAAGUUAGCACCAAACUGGGAAGGCCCCUACACCGUAGCCGAAGUGCCACACCUAGGUGCUUAUAUCCUACAAGACACUGAGGGAAAAAGGGUUCCUAGAGUCUGGAAUGCCAAUAACUUGAAGAAAUUUUACCCUUAAUACACUUCUUUCCAGUCAAAUUUGUUUUAACCACCAUUAUUCUGAUUGCUGUAUAUCAAAACUCAAUUCAUAUGAAUUUCACUUCAUGUUCGCAGUAAUUCAGUUCUGUGAACUCUGCUAUGCGUUGGAAGGUUAUAAUCCUAUUAAUCAGUUACACUUUAUUUUUGAAGUGCUUUACUUCAUCUUUGAGGUAUACCUUAUGGACAUCCGAAGUCAACUACUAUACUGUUUAUUUUAUCCGAGGUCAGAACCUUGUGUUAAUUCAGGGUAACUUAUUUUAUCUAAAAAGAGUUCCUCAAAGAAAAACAUCAAUCACAA